AUGGAAACACCAUCAUCAUCUGUAUUGUUAAUAGAUUCGAUUACAAAAUUUAUUUUAAAUCAUUUUAAAAAAUUAGGAAAAAUUACUAAAUAUUCAUCUAAACCUUUAAUAGUUGCUAUAAACGGACCUCAAGGAUCUGGUAAAACCACAUUAGUAAAUCAAUUAAAAUAUCAACUUAAAAAUCACUCUGAUCAAUUAAAAUUGUCAAGCAAAUAUCCGGAUAACAAAUUGUUAAAGUAUCGUGGACAACCUGGAACUCAUGAUAUUUUAUUAGGAGUAAAUUUCUUUAAAAAACUAUGCGACAAUCAAUUCAAAUAUUCAACUUCCUCAUCCUCACAUAAUCGUAGUAGUCGUGAAAAAGAAGAAGGAGAAAAGGAAGUAUUAUUGGUUCCAUCUUAUGACAAGUCGUUAAAUAAUGGUCAAGGUAAUCGAUUAUCGAUUGAUAAAUGGAUAAAAAGUUAUCCACCAUUUGACAUAAUGUUAUUUGAAGGAUGGUGUGUUGGUUUCAAGUCAUUAAAAAAAGAAGAUUUGAAAAAUAUUUAUUAUGAUAGCAACAUUAACAAUGAUUGUUAUUCGUUAGAAAAUAUUUUGUUAAUUAAUGAAAAUUUAAAAAAUUACGAGAAACAUUGGUACAAGUAUUUUGAUAUAUUUAUACAUUUGGAUGUUGAGAAUAUCAAAGAAGUUAGAAAUUUUGUUGAUAGAUUUAUGCCUUCUUAUGAAAUAUAUUUACCAUAUCUAAGAAAACAAAAUUUCUUUUGUAAAGUUGAAAAUAAAAAGGAGGAGGAAGAAGAAAUUAAAAGUUGCACAAAUCUCAAUGAACAUUAUGGAAAGCAUUUAAGAAUCAUAUUAGAUAAAAAUAGACAAUUAAUCAGCGAGACCAUAAUGUAA